AUGGGUCACCUUCAAAUCCCAGAGAAAAUGCAAUUUUCCAUCACCCUCGCCAUUCAAGGCUACUUAGCGGGUCAUCCCAGUGUGGACUUCAUUUCGAGGAGGACUAAACAAAAGGUCCUCAUGGUAUUAUUAUGCAUUUUGGCCUUCUUCACCCUCUGCAACUUCAUAACUAUUUUCGUGAGCCCGCCGGAACUUCAUGCUACUACCGAAGAGUGUACUGUCUCGGCGAUUGCAUAUUCGGUCUUCUUCUAUUCCUGGACUCGGCUUGAAAUCCGACGUGGCUGA